GGGAAAAGAGAGAAGCACCCACGCAAAACCCACUCUUCACUAAACUCCAAUUCCCUUCUUCUCUUAAAAACCACCAACUCCUCUCUUUGUCUACGUGUUCUUCCUUCUCACCACUUUCUUCUUUCUUUUCUUUCCUUCCAAAUUACAUUUAUCAAAAAUCUCCCAAACUAAAUUAUUAAAAAUUUUAAGAAAAUCUCUCAUCCAUUCCCCCUUCUCUCUCCCCAAUCCCUCCCCCAUGGUUCCCAUCGUCCUCUCCCAACUCGCCACCGGCCUCAGCGUCCUCGCCGGCGCCGUCCUCGUCAAAUCCGUCAUGGACCACAAGCCCAUGGCCGGCUCCUUCCCCCGCUGCCCUUCCUGCAACGGCUCUGGCCGCGUCCCCUGUCUCUGCUCCCGCUGGUCCGACGGCGACAUCGGCUGCCGUACCUGCUCCGGCUCUGGUCGUAUGUUCUGCAGCAGCUGUGGCGGCUCCGGCACCGGCCGCCCUAUUCCAUCUCAAAUCUCCGUUCGUCGAUCCAAUUACCCUUCCUCUUCUUCUUCCUGAUUCACCUUCUCUCUCUCUCUCUCUCACUACUCUAAUAUUUCCUUAUCUUCUUCACCAUUAAUUAUUAGGCCACAACACCAUAAAAUCAAAUCGCCUCUGUAAUUUGGGAGUUCUUGUGAUUUACUAAGAGCGAAUGAGAGGCAUUAUCGUUUCCCUCAAUUCAGAUUCGUAUAUACAAAUCUAUACUUCUCGUAAUUAAUUAUACUGAUUUUGUUAAUCAUAAUUCUUUCUUAUUC